UUCGUGAACCCCACUCGGUCGGUCCAUCGAGGAGUGGCGGAAAGCUUCUCCGUCGCGAGACGGCCAUGGCGUCCGCCUUCGAGUGGGAUCGGCUCCCCCACGACCUCCAACGCUCUAUCCUUCUCCGCCUUCCCAUAUCCACGCUCCUCCUCUGCAAGUCCCUCUCGCGAUCCUUCCUCGACACCAUCCGCUCCCCCACGUUCCUCGACGCCUACUCCUCCCUCCGCCGCGGGCGUCGCUCCCGCCACCGCGACGACUUGUUCCUCCUCCUCUUCGCCGACUGCAGUCGCCACGGCCUGGCCGCUGCUUACCUCCCCUCCCGCGCCUGCUGGCUUCCCCUCCCCCUCCCCCCUUUGCUUAACCACAUCCACGCCUCCGACGGCAGCCUCGUCGUCGCCGCCACCGGGAAGAACUCUGGCGAAGAUGUCGUCUGCGAUCUAUUUUCCCGUACCGUAAUCCCGAUCCUUCCCCGGAUGCCCCAUUCCUACAUCCUCUCUCUGAUUGCCGACGAGGCCUCGUCCGAUUUCAGGAUCGUGGCCGUCGGCAGCCAGAAGCCCGUUGGGAACGCCCUUAAUUCCGUCUACGUUUCCUCCCAGGUUUACGAUUGCCGUUCUGGCCGAUGGCAGCCCAAGGGGCAGCUCCCGGGGCACUACGCCAUGCUUGGUAACGCGGUUUUCAUGGAUGGCUUGUUGUUCGUGCUCGGCCGCCUCCCUGAUCAUCUACUCACAUUCGAUCUGGACAGCGGGGAAUGGAGCGUCGUAGAUGUGGCUCUGCCGCCUCCUGUGUUUUGCUUGCAUUUGUUGGUAUUCGAGGGGAGGCUGUUGUUGGUUGGAGGUCUGGAAGAGGACGUGGUGAUUGCAAGAAUUGGAAUUUGGGAGCUCGAUUUAACUAAAUCGGAGAAGGAAUGGCGACUCUUCUGCUUUAUGCCUGAUGAGUAUUUUCAGGAAUUCAGCGUCAAUGAGCUUGUUCAUUUUCAGACCAUCGACCGAUUUGGGAUUGUUUGUUUUUGCAACACCAGAGAGUCUGUUGUUUUAGUGUGUGAUCUAUCAUCAAAAACAUGGUGGUGGCUGCCCGCAUUUGGGAUGAUUCCUAAGCGCAGAAGAUCUUGGCUCGGGCAUGCUUUGGAUCUACCUAUGGGAUUGCUGAAGUGAUUAAUGGAAGGUCCUUUGGGAUCUGAGUAAGUUUUCAAAUUGACUGACCCUUUGUGGAUGCAUAUCGUAAGGGUGCUUCACGACUUAGGCAAUUCAAGCUAAGUCCGUGACUUUGCCACAAGGGUGCCUCACAACUUAGGCAAUUCCAGCUAAGUCCAUGACACCAAGGCUGUAAUUAUUAUAAAGAUUUCAGAAUUGUUUUUCUUCUGUAGCAAACCCUUUGAGUGGUAUGAGUUAAACCAGCCGCUAAGCUAUUCUGCUUGUUGCCUGACUGAGAUGUGUUUAAAAGAAUAUACUCAAUAAAGGUUGUAUGCUAUUGCUUUCAACUACAGCUUUUAUUUACAAGUAAAACUUCUCUUCGAGUUUCCAAGGUAGUAUUAAUAAUUUAAAUUUUCCAUUAUUUCCUAUGAAAAAUGAUAUUUUUGGACUGCUCAUUGUUUCUCUUUCUCUAUAUUGUUUCCCUGCUAUCUUCCUGAAGUUUAAAUUUAGUCUCUGCUGUUGUAGGAUCAAUGUAACAAGAAAUGUAGGAUCACAUUUAGUAUACAUAAAGGUUUCAUAAGUUGAACAUUCCAAGUCUUUGGAAAGUUGGACUUAUUUAUAUUUAGGUAAUUACAAGUUGUAUUUCCAAUUUUCCUUGAGAAGUGCCACAACUUCAUUGCAUCAACUUAGCUAAAUAGAAAACAUUAAAAAAUCUUCAAGAGCAAUAUUUGUACCUUGACAUUAAAGAGGUCAAGUGUCUCUCGUUUUAGCCUUACCAGCAGCCUUAAGUCUAAUGUUCUUGGAACAUGAAAUUGAACUUGUAACACUGCCUGCGAGAAUAUUUCCAUAUUGAAUUUUCAUGUAAUGCAGUUCUUCCUUUUUUAAUUUUGGGUCAGAACAUCUUCAAUGCAUUGCAGGAUAUCUAGGGGUUAAAGGUGUUCUAUUUGUUUUCCUCUCGUAUUUGUUAGUUUUCUUUCAGUAACUAUGCAUAAGUGCAACUAGAACCAGAGCCUGGAAAUGUCGUGUUUAGAAAUAAAUUCCCAUGAGAUCAGUCCAUUCAGGUUUCCUAGUUUGUUUCAUAACUAAAGCAUCAAAUUCACAUGCCAAGUAGAAUUUUUGCUAAAUAUCAUUUUAGAUAUGGCUUGAGCAGGUUAAUCCUUGUUGAUAUGCUUUUAAAGUGCUUAUUGUCUGAUCUGACAUUAUUCAUGGGACCAUUCCCUAAUCAUUUUUUUUUUUCGUUCUCAUCAUUUUAGUCUACUGCUGCUCCAAAGCCAUGUUCUUUUUUGUACAUUACCUGGGUCUAUUCUCUCAUUCAUUGUUAAUAAAAUCAUAUUUGCUUUUUGGCUUAAUCACUGCUUUCAUUAUUAUUUUAUUUGCCACCCCAAAAGUUUAGCCAUCCGAUUUACAUGUUUUCAUGUCACAUAUA